AUGCAGACCUAUAGGCAAUAUUCCGAAUGUACGGGGAAGAACAAGGCCUCAUCAACGCAGCCAGAUACAAACGAGAAAGCCGGGACUGGGUCUGUGGCGCUGCCGCCCAUCUCCUCGACCCGGUGGAACGAGUGCGCCAUCAUCGGCAGAGGGUGUGGUGAUGUCGACCUGGACGGGCCAAUGAGCUACGAACAUAACUUUCCUGUGAAAAGGACAAACAAGUGGACGGGUCUAAAGCACAUAUCACCGAUACAAGCGCCAGAGUCUCGGCACCUGCAGGAUAUCGGUGGUGCGUUGCAACCUCUCAGGUACAGACAGCUAGCAGAAGCCCGACUGGGGCUCGCAUGCGCCGUGCUCGCCAGAUGGGGUAGUGGCGGCAUUCAAUAG